AUGCAAGAAAAGCUCAACUGGCAGAUUGACAAUGAGCGACGUGAAUUUCUGCAUCAACUUUUCAGCAUGAUUAGUCAUUGGAAGGGUCAACUUCCUGAUCUCCACGACAUUUUUCGGCCCAAAGAAAUCGAUUUGCUUCUUUCGGAUUCAAUAAGUUACUGUGAUAGAUGUCAUAGAACUGGGGACGGAAUAGGAGUUCGCUUCAUCAGUUUCGUGGCUAGCACCGGCUAUAAAGACAAUCCUGUCAUUGAUGCAGACGGUAAGCCAUCGUCACGUCGCACAACUGCAGUACAUCAUGCAGCUAGGAAAGGAUAUGGUGUCGGGUCUGACGUGAUUCCUGAACUUUUUAAAAUCUACGACAGAUUUGACGUGAAUUACACCGACGAGGAUGGGUUGACACAUUUCCAUGCGGCCUGCCAAUUCGGCCUUUACGAAGUUGUGCAAAAAUUCCUCGAGCUCGGCCAGGAUCCCAAUUGCCUCGGGCAAAAAUCGGUCGCGAGUUCAGUCGAUCCGCCUCUACAUUUGACUCUAGGUAGUUGUGGGUCGAUGGAAAUAAUAAAAUUGUUACUAAAAAGCGGCGCUGACCCGAAUUCGGCUAACAAGGACGGAUCAACGAUUCUUCAUCGUUUUCGCGAGGAGCUCCGCCGAGGGGACAGAUUAGUGACAGUAGGGGAGAUGUUAUUCGAUCUCAGUCACGAAAAAUUUCACCCAGUGCAAGUCGAUGCUCGGGACAAGAAAGGCAAUACACCGUUGCAUAUGGCUCUGGGGCGCAACUUUAGGGUCAAAGCCGAAUUUCUGCUGAGAAGAGGCGCCAAUCCGAACUUGGCGAAUGCAGAAGGGUUGACUCCUUUGCAUGUGGUUUCCGAGAGAGUCAUUUACUAUGAUGCAAUGGAGCUAAUUUUUAAGAUCAGCGACGAGUUAAAUCAGCGGGUGGAGGUCAACGCACGGGACAAAAAAGGUAACACGCCAUUGCACUUGGCUCUGCAGAGCAGCAGUAGCAAAGAACUGGCUGAAUUAUUGUUGAGACGAGGCGCAAAUCUGAAUUUGGCCAACGAAGAGGGAUUAACUGCUCUGCACUUAAUUUGCAAGUCUCUCCGUUAUUAUGACUUGACGAAGAUGAUACUCGAGCUCAUCGACGAAAAACAUCGGUCAGCACAGGUCAACUCCCGUGACCAAAUGGGCAACACACCGUUGCACUUUGCUUCGGGUGCUUUCGGUGACAACGAGGUAAUCGAAUUACUGCUAAGACAUGGCGCCGAUCCGAAUGCGGCCAAUGCAGAAGGAUUGACUCCUUUGCACAUGUUUUGCAAGAGAAAAUACGACUCCAACUUGACGGAAAUUUUCUUCAAUAUCAACGACGAAUUAAAUCAGUUGGUGGAGGUUGACGCUCGAGACAUAUUAGGUAGGUCCCCACUGAACUAUGCUGUGGACAACGGUCACAAAAAGGCGAUAGAAUCGUUGCUGAGAAGAGGCCCCGAUAAGAAUUGGAUUUUUUUGAACGACGAUGAACGGACGUCUUGGGGCAGUACUCCCAAAAGAGGAGGAGAUAUUGACGUGGUGAUGAUGUUAUUCGAGUUGAGCGAGGAAAAACAUCAGCUGGUGAAUCGAACCAACGAAGACGGAUCGACGCCAUUACACAUUAUUUGCAGCAGAGACAACGAACGCGACGAUUUGGCAAAGAUAUUAUUCAAGCUUGGCGACGUUAAACACCAGCCGGUGCAAAUCAAUGCUCAGGACAAGUCGGGCGACACACCUUUGCACUUGGUAUUAAGAUCUAAAUACAAUCGCAGGUGGUUGGUCGAAUUGUUGCUGCGUAAGGGCGCCAAUCCAAAUUUGACCAACAACGAGGGAUCGACAGCUCUGCAUAUUGUUUGCAAAAACUACUUCAGGAUUAGUAGUGAGGAAAUAUUGAGGAUGUUCUUGAAGUUUAAGGAUGAAUUGAAUCAAACUUUGCAAGUCAAUGUUCAAGAUAAGUCGGGCAACACACCACUACACUUGGCUCUGCAGUGGUGCGACAACGCAUUGCUUCGAAUUCUCCUGAAGAUGGGCGUCGAUAUAAAUUUAGCUAAUGAGGAUGGCCUAACACCUCUGCACAUUAUUAUCAGUCAGAAAAUAUACGACAAUAAGUUGGUGGACAUGUUACUCGAGUUCAUCGACAAUAAAAAUCAGCCGGUGCAAAUCGAUUCUCGUGACAAAUCGGGUAACACACCGCUGCACUUGGCUUUGAAAGAGGGAGAGAAGAAGGUGGCCGAUUUGCUGCUGAGGAGAGGCGCCAAUCCUAAUCUAGCUAAUGCAGAGGGAUCGACGCCUCUGCACUAUAUCUGCCAGAGAUACCUCGACGAUGACUUUGCCGAGCUGUUUUUCCAGAUCAACGACGAAAAUCAUCAGCUGGUCAAGGUCGACGCCCGAGACAAGUUGGGCCGGACACCACUUCAGUUGGCCGUGGCGAAUCUCUUGCCGAAAACCGUCGAUGUACUCUUAGAUCGUGGUGCCGAUCUGUCGAGCUUCAUUUUUCCCGAUUCGAGUUACUUUGGUGAAAAAAUUAAUUUUAAAAUUCGUUAUGAAUCUGUUAUUAAUUUUAAAUUUCGCCUAACAUCCGGUGCUUUGUCCGUUGUUGAGUGCUUAGAAAAAAGAGGAUACGAGUUGGACCGAAACGAAAUCUUAACGAUCAUGAAAUGUUUCGAUAACAAAGGAUUAUUCAAGAUAUGGGCGACCGAUCACAAAGAACAUUGGUACGAUGUCAAAGAGUUAACAAAGAAAGCAAAAACGAUAAUGAUAAAUCCGAGUCUGUCGCUCUACGGCCUGUCCCGAUUACGACUCGAUGAGGCGGAAAAACGAGUAACAUAUUCUGACUUUGAGUUCGCACACAGGAUCAGAUUCUGGUCUCUGCCCCCGAAGCAUCAAGAGUCUUGUGUUGUAUAUCUGUGCGAGAUAGUAUCAAGGAGAUUUUUUCGACGCUGGGCACUGGAUCCUUUUAUGGAGUUGACACAUUUCCGGCUGCCAAUUCUCUGCUGCGAAAUGAUCAUCAAGAAACUAUCGAACGAAGAUUUAAGGAACAUUUGCAUGGCAGCUGCUGACCAAAGCUCUUGA